GAGAAGGACGUGGCGUGGGUGAAGUACGGCGUCCGAGGUGCGCCCUUGUGGCACCAAAGGUUGAUAUUGGCGCGCCUGCGGUGCUUUCAGGGGGAGUGCGUCGUCUUGACGCCGGACGGGGACGUCUACAUCGAGGACUUGCAGCCCUACCGGAACCCGGACAUAGUGGCGGUGGCGUGGGAGACGGUGCCGGGUCGCGCACCGAUUGAGAUCGGCGAUGAGAACACCUACAAUUUCGGAGCCUUCCCCCAGGGACGGCAGUGGGAGAGGUUGCUGGACGAGGCCGACGGCGUGGCCAACGCGGAGGAGCGUCGCCGAGGCCCGGUGGUGCACCCACCUGGCGGAGAUGGCGGCGGAGACCUCGGCGCCGGGCCCAUGCCGCCCCCGAUCGUCGACGCAGGCGCGGCGGGGGAGGUCCGUGGGACUCUCACCCCGAGGGGGCGCGAGCGUGAGGUUCGCGCGCCCGCCGCGCCCGAGGGCCGCUGGGUGAUCGCAGUGGCCAACGGGUCCCUGGGGUUCGCCGUCGGCGACGAGGUGGCGAUGUCGUCGGACGCCCUGGUCUCGCCCGACGGGCGGAUGGGGCUGGUGCCGGCCCCCCGCUCGGCUGAGUGGGUCUUCGUGGAGCGCCUGCGCACGGAUGAGACGCCGGCGGACUACGUGGCCGCGAAGGUGGCGGUGAAGGUGCAGCAGGUCGAGUUCAAGGACUGGCCCAUGCCGGGGCCGCGAACCGUGCUCUGGUGCGUGCAGUUCGUGGACCGCCGUGGCGGCGGGCCCAUUGACCACCACCGCUGGUGGGUCGCCCACCUGAAGCUGUCCAACACGGACUUCGGGGUUCAGGAGCACGAGCACGGGAUGCGAGCCUUCCAGUUCUUCGGGGAGUACGAUCAGAUCGACCUCCCGAACCUGGUCGGGCUCGAAGUCGUCUUGAGGCGGUGCCAGGUGAUUGAGUUUCACUACGAGAAGAAGAACAAGGGCGGCAAGGCGAACGAGCAGGCGCAGGGGGUGACUCGCGACGAGGCGGCCUACUUCUCCGGCUCGCACCGCUUGGGUGGGGAGGUGAUGAUCUGCCCCGAGUUGGUGGAGGGGGUGUCAAAGGAGAUUGGCCGAGACGUCGAGGCCAGUGAGCACCGGCCCGACUGGGAGUCUGACGUGGCGCGGGCGCUCAACGAGCUCGGCGGCUACCAGGACACGCCCGCCAGUGAGCCUGUCGGUGGUGGCACCGACACCGCUUCGCCGGCGCAAUUCAGGCUGAAGGUGCUGGCGAUGGGUUGGACGCAUGCCCUCAACUGGGACCUGUGCGCCCCCAUCUGCACGCGCGUCCUGGCCACUGACGCUUCUGCGUGGGGUCUUGGGGUGACGGAGACCGUGGGCCUGGAGGCCGACGUGAAGCACGCGAUGAGCUUUUCAGAGGCCUGGAGGUUCAAGGAGGGUGGAGAAGGGGCCCGUGAGCAGGCCCGGGAGCGGAUCGAGGAGGCGAAGGUGACGGGGCAGAAGGCAGAGAGCGCUAACGUGCCGGAGGGCGUGGACGUCUGCGCCCGGCUGGAGCGGGGGGUCGACCUCGUGCCUCGAUCUCUUGUCGCAGGCCCUUGGAGGACAGUGAGGAGAACCCUGCUGAUGCUCCCUCGCGGAGAGGGCUACUGCCGCCGGCCGCCGUCGCCGGGCGUGGAGCUGGCAACGCUGCCGCGUGCCCCGACCUCGGCCGGGCUCCACGGGGCGGCAGCGCAGCCGCUGCCCUGGCUGCCCCGGGAGGCGCUGGCCCACACUGGCAGGGCUCCGGAGCUGGCGAGGCUGAGCUACCUCCAGGCGGCCAGCGUCCGGCCGCGCACCCAGCAGCUGUACCUGGAGAGCUGGCAGAGCUUCGAGGACUGGGCACGGUGCCGCCUCCUCCCUCUCCAGUCGGAGAAGCAGGUCGACGACGCGCUCGUGGGCUUCUUCGACUACCAGUACUUCGAGGGGGCGCACUCCAGCCUGGGCUCGCGCCUGGUGUCGGCGACCUGCUACUUCAACCCACAGUGGGGGCGUCAGAGGGGAUCCCACCUGGCGGCUGCCCGCCAGGCUUUCCGGGGAUGGGCUCUGAAGUGCCCGAGCAUGUCGCGGCUGCCGACGCCGUGGGAGGUGGUAUGCCUGUUGUGCGACUGGCUGGUCCGCAACGACCGGUGGUCCAUGGCGGUGGCGGUGCUGAUGUGCGUGGUGUUCUACCUGAGGCCGAGCGAGGCCCUCAGUCUGCGCCGCUGCCAGCUGGUGCCGCCGCUGCCGAGCGGAGGCAAGCACCACUCGAGGUGGGCGGUGAUCCUCCAUCCGAUGGAGCUCGGGCAGCCGUCGAAGGUCAACAAGUGGGGCGACUCGCGGCCGCUGGACCUGCCAGAUCACAACUUCAUGGUCCCGCUGCUGGAGGCCCUGUGGCGACAGGCAACCGGUCCAGACGCCCCUCUGUUCGAGUUUACCUACCAGCAGUGGCGAAACGAGUACAGGAAGGGCGGGCUGGCGCUGGGCCUCCAGGACUUGGGGCCACCGACGCUGUACGGGCUCCGACACGCGGGCGCGAGCCUCGACAUCAGCCUCGGCCGCCGGAGCCCGCUAGGCGUGCAGCACCGUGGCGGGUGGGCCCAGCCAAGCUCGAUGCGCCGCUACCAAAAGGCAGGUCGUCUGACGGAGCAGUUGCACUACCUGCCACACGGCGCUCAGCUCGCAGCGGCAAAGUGCGCUUCCGAGAUUGGCGCCAUCAUGAGCAGGAGCGAUUAUGAACCUCUUGGGCUCCCAGAUCUCUCGGCCGUGGACCGUGAAAAAGUUCGAAUCGGGAACGUGCUCAUGACCUUCUCG